GGAGUACGAAGCAGACAUCAGCAAUGAGUAAGAUAACAAGAGUUCGGACAGGAUGUUGGACGUGUAAAAGGAGACAUCGAAAAUGUGAUGAAGCCAAACCAUUCUGUAAUAACUGUUUGAAGAGUAAUAGAGAAUGUGAAGGGUAUGGGAUACGACUUUCAUUCGAUGUAGAUGAUAGUAGAAAUAAGGCGAGGAAAGAUAAAACUGGAUUUUCUACCACUGGGUUUGUUGGAAAGCCUCGUGCAAAAGCUCAUGUAAAAACAACAGGAAGACAGAAUUCAACGGUCGGUCAUGAAUCUAUAAUGAAUAAUAAUGUUACAAAACAAGAUGUUACAGCCAUUGGACUGGCUCCGUUGGCUUCCGUGAUGUCCGUGAAUACUCCUACUACUGAGUUUUUUAAUAAUAGCAGUAAUGACAAUAGUACUCAUAUAAGUAACCAAAGUCAUAGCCACACUGCUCUAAAUGAUAAUAAUAACAAUAGUAAUAAUAACAGUAAUCAUUCUGGUACUCCCAUAUUCAAUUCUCCCAGGUUUAUAGGUAUGAGAGCAUCCAGUGCUAACUUGGAACAAUUCAGUUCAGAACUUUUUGAAGAUUUGGAAAUGUUAUUGAAAUCUCCGGGGCUGAGCUUGGACGAAUCAUCGCCUGCUUCACGAAUGACAAAUGGAAGCCUUAAUAGUAGUACAAAUAGUCAGAACACUGGCACUAGUACUCGUAAUACUCCCAAUGGUAAUCAGCGUAAUAAUAAUAAUAAUAAUAGCCAAAGUCAGAUGUCUAUUAAUCUUCGAAGAGCGACCAAUAUGAAGGAAAAUCUUUCUUAUAAUCUCGGGGAAGAAAUUAUAGGUUUUAUAGAUAAAGCCAAUGUAUUAUCAGAAGAGCAAAAUACCGAAAAAUUCCUAAUAAAGAGUGAAGGUGGUCAAACAAAUGGGAAUAAUAAUCAAAAAGAUGAUAUUUCAUUAUAUUCUAUGUCACAUCAAGAAGAAAAUAUGAUGUUGAAGCAUUUCUUUAAGAAGCUUUUACCCUUACUAGAUGCACAUCCCAAUUCUCCAUGGCCUGAUUUGGCAUUAAAAUAUUGUGAUUUUGAUAUUGCCAGAAGUUGUUUUAUAUCUUUAGCAUGUAUUCAUAUGUAUGAAUGUCGGAAAGGAGGAAAUGAAUAUUAUCAACGAGGGGUAGCACAUAUUAAUAAUACGAUGGAUCAUUUAAUACGAUUUAUAAGUACAGACAAUAUUCAAAGUACAGUUGCUGAUGAUAAAAAGAAACAAAUCCAUUCAUUAGUUAUUCUUGUAUUAAUUAAUGUUCAUAUAUUAUUUGCUGUAUUGGAGAAGGGGAAAAGUUCAUUAUCGAGAUUUUUCUUUAAGGUUUUUGCAUCAAUUUGUCAAGAUCCUAAUUUUUAUAAUUUAUUAAUAACUAAUGAGAAACAACGUUCAUUAGUGGUAGUUUUAUCAUGGUAUGAUACAGUUAGUGCCAUUGUAUCACCAGAUUGUCGUUUACCAUACUGUUUACCAAGUUGGUAUGGAUCAUUUAGUGAUAAUAUAUCAACUUCUAAAAUGAUGGGAUGUCCAGGAGAAAUAUUUAAAGCUAUGUCAAAAGUUUGUUAUCUAAGACAUGAAGUAUAUAAUGGGGCAGAUAAUCAUAGUGCAUUAAUGGUUAGUGAAUAUCAAACCAUUAAACAACAAUUAAUAAAUUAUAGAGAUUAUGUCCUAUUCGAAGAUGGUGAUGAAGAUUAUGCUAUAAGAUUAAAAUGUGCUCAAUGUUGGUCAUUAGCUGUAUUGGUUACAUUAGAUCGAGUUGUUAAACCUGUUAAUUAUGAACAAAACAUUUGUAAAUUAGUUAAUGAAUUCAUUAGUGUUUAUGGAUCAAUGGAACCAGUAUCACCAAUGACAACUCAAAUGGUAUGGCCUGUAUAUGCCAUGGGAUGUGAAUGUAAAACAGCUGAAGAGAGAGCUAGUUUAAUGACAUUUAUGGAAACUUUAUAUCGUAACGCUCAAAUGGGGACUUUAUUCUCGUUAAAGGAAAUUGUUCAACAAGUUUGGGCUUUACAAAUUUCUCAAGAGGAAUUCUUAAAACAAUGGUUAGAUACUGGGGUAGAUUAUUUACCAUUAUAGAUUAUACAUACAUAGAGUUAUAGUAUAAUGGUUUAAUUAAAUUGUAUUAUUAUUACAGAAUUUAUUUUGUAUCAUUAACGAUACUUUUUACUAAAUUAAUUAUUACGGUGUAUAACAUUUACUUACAUAAAAAGCGUGCAACUAAAUAAAAUUAAAAAAGAAUUACUAUACAAUAGAAAUUUUAGAAAUAUAAUUAAA